AUGAACCUUUUUGCGGAAUUUGUUAAUCUUCAUUAUUAAGUAACUUCUUAAGAAAAAGAACUUUUGGAGUAAAUUAAUAUUGAGAACUUAUUGUAAUAAUAUGACAAAUAAGAAAAUCAACCUAAAUUUAAAGAGGUUUUAGAUUCUUAUUUAGAUUUGUAUAAUAACACUUAACCUUAAAAAAUUAAUGACCCUCUUGAGAGAUUUCAUUUACCUAUAUCAGAAUGGGUAGAUCAAUCUGUAUUUUUAUGGGAAUUCCCAUAAGAUGUGUUGGACCAAUUAAAUAGAGGAUACUUUAGAUUAUAAAAUAUAAAACAUAAUCAUGGUUAGGAAUCAGUAAUAUUAACUUAGUAACUAAAAAUAAAUUAAGAGAAUACAGAAAAAUCAAGUUUUUCAAUGAAUUUAUCCAAAUAUAUUGAAUAUAUAUCGAAUCCAAUCGAUUUCUUUUAUAAAAAUAAGUAAUAUAAUCCAAAUAAAUUAUUAUGUUUAUUUGAUUUAUCAAUUGAAAAUUGGGAAGAAGAGUCAUUUAAAUUAUAUGAAAAUUUACCUUAAUCUUUUCUAAAAGAAGAUGGAUUAAGUUAUUUAAGAACCAAAAUUUAAAAUAUUAAUUAACUUUAACUUAAUAUUCUUUCUCCAGGAAGUUGGAAAGGAUUAAAGUAAGAAUCUGGAGCAGUUAAUUUACUUAGUUUAAAUCAUGGACCUGGAAAUUGUUUAUGGAUUGUUAUAGAUUCUGAAAAUAUAGAAAAGUUAUUUUAAAAUGAAAAUUAAUUUAUUCUAUAAGAAGGUAAUCAUUAUUUAAAAAGAGAACUUUUAAAGAAAUAUGAUAUACCUUAUAAGAGAUUUAUUUAAAAACCAGGAGAUCUUAUUAUUUUAGGAGCAGGAUCUUUUUAUUAAAUUGAAUCAUUAUCUACUACUAUUACUACUGGUUGGAGUUUUUUAGCUAUGAAUUCAUAUUCAUAUUAAUAAAUCAUAAAGAGAUAAAAAAUUAACAUUUAAUAUUAAAUUAAAUCACAACUUCCUUUUAAAAAUCUAUUUUUAGAUAUUUUUAUUCAUCACCCUAAUGAACAAUUAAAGAUUUAUCUUUAAGAAUUUCUUACAUAAGAAUUAGAAGCAAUUUAAGAAUUUUAGGAUAAAAAGAAAAUAUACUCUAUUGAUAUAAAUUAUUCAAUUAGAAAUUAUUGCUUUUGUAAUGAAUGUAAAGAAGAACUAUUUUUAUGUUGUUAUAAAUAUUAAUAAAAAGUCUUUUGUUUAAAAUGUGACAAAAUUAAAUACUAUUAAGUCUAAUGUAAAUAUAAUAUUAACAUUUUAUAACUUAUUCUAUCCUCUUAAUAAAAAAUUAAUUGUUCCUAUCAUUAUUGUUCCUAAUCAGAAUUAUAAAAUAAUAAAUGUAUUGCUAAAAUUAAAUAAUCAAAAAAUAAAAAACCUACUAGUCCUUAAUCAAUUAAAGAAAGUUCUACAUCCAAUAUAGAAAAUGUACUCAAGUAAAAAACUUACAUUUAAGAAGAAGAAAAAGAAGCAAAUGAAUAAUAAUUAAAUAAUAAAUAAGAUCUAAAAUUAAAUCAAAAAUCUAUUAUUGUUUAAGAUUAAUCAAAAAAUUCAAUUUAAUAAAUCAAUUUUAAUAUGUCUAAAAUUAAUAAAGUAAAAUUUAACAAAAAAAAAAUAUAAACACAAAUUUAAUAAAUUUAAUAGAUUGAAUCAGGUGUAAACAAAAAUAAUGAAAUAAUAUAAGUUCUUGAUGAACCUCCAAAUCUUUAGACAUAUGCAAUUAGAACAAGAAAAAGAUAAUAGAUAUUGGAAACAAAAAGAAAUUAAGAUUUCAAGAAAAAAAAAUCAAUUUCUACUAAACCAAUCAUUAAAUAAGCAAAAUAAAAAUAAAAAUAUACAUCUAUUUAUAAUAAAACAAAAUUAUCAGAAGAGGAAAUGAAUGAGAUUUUAGGUCUUUAAAGUUAAUAAUCUUAAGAAAGAAUUUUUAAGAAAGGAGAGAAAAUGUUAACACUUUGA